AUGGAUGCCAACAAGGCCGGCGUCGACGUUCCCGAGGGCGACCGCGUCCUGCCCCUCUUCUCCCUCAAGGGCCGGACAGCCAUCGUGUCCGGUGCCGGUGCCGGCAUUGGCCUCGCCGUCGCUCACGCCUUUGCCGAGGCGGGCGCCAACGUCGCCAUCUGGUACAACAGCAACAAGCAGGCCCUGGACGAGGCCGAGAGGAUUGUGAAGACGUACGGGGUCAAGUGCAAGGCUUACCAGGUCGACGUCAUGUCCGCCGAGGCGGUCGACCAGGCCAUCACCGACAUCGUCGUGGAAUUCAACGGCCGGCUCGACAUCUUCGUCGCCAACUCGGGCAUCGCGUGGGCCGAAGGAUCCUUCGUCGACGGUCCGGCCGACAAGGCGAAAAAGGUCAUGGCCGUCAACGUCGACGGCGUCAUGUGGUGCGCCAAGAGUGCCGGUGCUCACUUCCGCCGGCAGAAGCAGGAGGGCACGACCAUCGACGGCAAGCCUCUCGCGAAUUUUCUCACCGGCUCCUUCAUCGCGACGGCAUCCGUCAGCGGCACCAUCGUCAACCUUCCCCAAAUGCAGGCCGUCUACAACGCUUCCAAGGCGGCCGUCAUCCAGUUUUGCAAGAGUCUGGCGAUCGAGUGGACGGCAUUUGCGCGCGUCAACACCGUCUCGCCCGGGUACAUCCAGACAGACAUGACGAGCUUCGCGCCGCCGGAAAUGAAGAAGGAGUGGAUAGAGAGGAUCCCGAUGAGACGCGAGGGGCGUCCCAACGAGCUCAAAGGUUGCUACCUGUACCUAGCGAGCGAUGCGUCCUCGUACACGUCGGGCUUGGACAUGAUCGUCGACGGCGGCUACUGCCUGCCAUGA